AUGGAGGAUAGUGAAUUUUGCUGUGGUGUUUGUAAUGAAAAGUUUGAAGACAAUGAAAAUUUGAUAGCUCAUAUGACAGAUCAUGUUGGCAAACCUAUUGAAAAUCAUAAGAAACGUAGUUAUACUUGUGGAUUAUGUGAGAAGGACUUCAAAGAUUCUGGUAAUCUUCAUAGACAUAUGAGAACUCAUACAGGAGAGAAACCAUUUUCUUGUGGUUUGUGUCAUAAAACAUUUACACGAGGCUGUAACUUACAGAGACAUGAACGAACACAUACUGGAGAAAAACCUUAUAAUUGCGAUCUCUGUGGUAAAUCAUUUAGUGAAAAUGGAACAUUAAGUCGACAUAGAAAGUUGCAUUAUGAAGAAAAACCAUUUAAAUGUGAAAUUUGUGGAAAAUCUUAUGUAAGAGGAUGUUUGUUAAAAACCCACCUUAAACUCCAUACUGGAGAAAAACCUUUCAAAUGUGAAAUUUGUCAUAAAAAGUUUGCUGAUAUGAGUUAUGUGAAGCGUCACAUGAAAAUCCACUCUGAUAAUAAACAUUUCCGCUGUGAUAUUUGUCAAAAAAUGUUUGUACGAAAUGACAAUCUGAUCGCCCAUAUUCGUCUGCAUACUGGAGAGAAACCUUUCUGUUGUGGAGUCUGUGGGAAAACUUUUUAUCAAGAAAACUACGUCCGUCGGCAUAUUAAACACCACACUGGAGAGAAACCAUUUAAAUGUGAUAUAUGUAGUAAAUCAUUUAUAGAGAAAGGGGAUUUAAAAGCUCAUAUGAAGUUUCACUAUAAAGAGAAGAACUAUCAAUGUGGAUAUUGUGGAAAAGGAUUUUAUCAAAGAACUUCUCAUAGAAGAAUUCAUACCAGAGAAAAACCAUUCAGUUGUUUAUAUUGUGAUAAAAAAUUUGUGACCAAACAACUGUGUAAAGAUCACAUGUGUUCUCAUACCAACAACUAUCCCUAUCAUUGUGAUGUUUGUGGUAAAUCAUUUACUAGACCAGGGCAAUUAACCACUCAUAAAGAAACACAUAACGGAAAAAUAGACUCUAACAGAUCCUAUAAAUGUGAUUUUUGUGAUAAAUCAUUUACUUCAUCUUCUACCCUUAGAGCUCACAGAAGUAUACAUACUGGAGAAAAACCCUUUGAUUGUUUAUACUGCGGUAAAAAAUUUGUUACAAAGAGAGGCUGCUCUGAUCACAUGACAAUACACACCAAUGUAAAACCUCAUAAAUGUGAAGAAUGUAAUAAAGCAUUUCUUCGUCCAGGUCAGCUGACUAUACAUAAAGAAAUUCAUAAAGGUGGGAACCCGUUUACUUGUGAAACAUGUGGCAUGUCUUUUCCAACUCAAGGAGCAGAUUCUACAGAAUGUCAUUUCUGUGGUAAAUCAUUUGUUCAUAUUGACCUCCAUAUUAAAACUGUACACACUGGAGAAAAAGACUUCAUUUGUGAAGUUUGUGGUAAGGCAUUUGCUGGGAAAAAUGGUCUGAAGAAACACAUGGAGACCCAUUCUGGAGCUAAACCAUUUCAGUGUGAGAUAUGUUGUAGAAGUUUUCUGCGUAACACUGCUAUGAUGAGACAUAUGACUAUACAUAGUGAGGAGAAACCGUACGUUUGUGAAAUUUGUGAUAAGUCAUUUCAUAGAAAAGAUACUUUAACAAGUCACCAGAAAGUUCAUUUUAAAAAUAUAAUUCAAUAUGCAACUAAAUUUUGA